AUGAAAAUACUGGGUAGAUACGGAGUUGAGGGAGAGACGCCAGACGUGCGUCGCGCGGCACUGCGCUGCGUCGCGAACGCCCUUCUACUGGAUGACAAAAUGCGUCAGAUUUUCGCAGACACAGGAUAUGGAAGCAAAUUAGCUGAGAUGCUCAAGCAAAUAAUUCGGCAUGCAAAGCAAUUUCCCAAGUCUGGCAAAAAGCCUCUGGUUCAAAUUGACGAGCUGGCACUCACUGACACGUUGAAGUUGAUAUUCAACGUCUCAAAGGUCUAUCCAGAUCUUUCCGCAACCUUCUCUCCUUCUAUUCCUUAUAUAUUCAAGAUCAUUAGCCGCAUUGACAUUCCGCCUAAACCUCUAGACGGCUUAUUGGGAUACCUCCUCAACUGCCUGUCAACUCUCGAUCUCGAGAAUAAGAAGGGAAAGCACUUCGAGAGCAGUCCCAUCUUCCCGACGUUCAACCAAAACUGCAACGUUGACAAGCUCAUCAACAUUCUUGAUCAAGCAGUAUCUGCAUAUGACGCCCAGGACCUCGCAACGAAGGCCAUCCCUCUUCUCCACACACUUGUGACCAUCUACGAAGUGGCACCUGAUGGGCCACGUAAAUACAUGCAGUGGCUCCUCCUGCCGGAAGACAGUGAUAGAAAACAGCCAAUUGGCAAAUCAGAUACGCUAUCUUCCAAGCUGCUGCGACUGUCAACCACGCCAUACCAGAAUCUGAAAAUCGCGAUCUCCGAGCUCAUGUUCGUUCUCUCCGGCAAAGACGCAGAGAACCUGACAAAGAACAUCGGAUACGGUUUUGCCGCCGGAUUGCUAGCCUCUCGUGGUAUUGAGAUACCACAAUCUGCGAGUGAAGCUUUUGCAACCAAUUCGAAUAGCUUCGACCCAGAGAUUAACCCUAUCACUGGCCAACGAUGGGAUGCCGAGAAACAGGACACGGGCCCGCCAAUGUCCAGAGAGGAGAAGGAAAGGGAAGCAGAGAGGUUAUUCGUGCUUUUUGAGAGGUAA